AUGACUCUGUCGCACGAAUCUGUCAACCCGAUCCAUCCUGAUGUCUUAGCCAAAAUGGAUCCGGUGUUCGUCAAAAUGUACAACGAACAUGUUGCGAAUAUCCCUAAUAAGCCAAUUGAUCUUUACAAGCUCAGAGCGAACUAUUCCAAGAUCUACUCUUAUGGAACAGGUGCGUACCCGGAUAUUCAAAAUGUGGAGGAACUGACGUUCUCCUCCUUCGACGGCGGCGAUGUCAAGAUCAGAAUAUACAGACCCAACGACACCAAGCCAGAAGAGAUCCUUCCGGUUCAUAUUGAUUUCCACGGAGGCGGUGGAGGUUUGGGUGACUUGGAGACGGAAAAGCACGUGCUCUGCCACUAUGUUGAUUUGGCCCGUGUGGCUGUUGUGGACGUGGACUACCGUUUGGUGCCUGAUUAUGCUUAUCCAACAUACAUCAACGACUGCUUCUGGGCAUUAAAGUAUGUGUAUGAAAACAGCGGUUCUUUAAAGUUCAACAAGAAUUCCAUAUCCAUAGGAGGCGUCUCUGUUGGCGGAAACAUUGCCUUUAUUGUCUCUCAUCUUGCCAGAGACAACUCCAUUCCUUUGGUUCUCUGUGUAGCUGGAACACCUCAGGUGGACGAUGUGGAGAAGUACCAAAGCGCCCAAGACUCUCCAUACGACUCAGUGAGAGAAUUCGAGUUUGCUCCGACGUUGAACUGGUCUCGGAUUACUUAUUUUGACAAGUUGAAGUGGCAGACGUUACCAGAGGAUGCAACUGAGAGGUUGAAGAAACUCAAUGAGAUUGGCUGGUUCAAAAACGUUCUCAAUGCACCAGACUUCUCCAAUUUGGUCAAAACGGUGGUGGUGACAGCAGGUUGCGAUCCUAUGAGAGAUGAAGGUGAGACAUAUGCUGCCAAGUUGUUGCAAUACGGGAAUGAGGUGGUGUUCAAAAGAUAUCCUGGGGUUCCGCAUCCGUUUAUGCACAUGGACAGCUAUCUUUGGCAGGCCAGUGACUACAUUAAGUAUACUGCGUUCGAAAUAGCGCUUGCACACGGCACUGUCAAAACAUUCAGUAAUUAG